AUGCACACCCUCCUACGUCAACAAGACCUCGACAACUGGCGCGAUAACUAUGCUGGGUUUGAGACUGUGAAAGCCCGGCCCCCACUUGCCGGUGCUGCGAGUGCUGCAGGUCUGAUGAGUGAAUGCGAUGUCGAGGAGUGCGGGCGGGAAGCGCUGCGGCAAUGCUACGAAGUCCGCGUCGAAAUUCCGGCAGUUAAACAUUGA